AAUUCAUAAUGAAAUGGAAAAAAUCAUACAGAAAAAUGAGCUUCUUUGUUCAGCUGGAGACUCGAUCAAACUUUUCCCCUGGCCAGUUUUUUUAGAGGAAUAACCUGUUUUCCUGGAAGAAUCCAAACAGAGGAAGUGGGAGUUUACUGCAGUUCCAGCUGAACAAAGAGUCCGCUUGUUGGUGACCUGAGCGAGAAAGGCAUGCAGCUGAUUAUCCCAGCCGGGUUCUGAGGGCUGCAGGGCAGCUGGAGGCUUUGCUUCAGACGAGGGCAGACGUCAGAGGUGGAAAAACUGGAAAUGAAGCUUCUGUCUGUGUGCUGUAGGUGAACAUGGCUGAAUCCCAGAGAGUGACAGCGCAGGGCAGGAAGAGAUGGAGUUUGCCUCAGAGAAAUGAGACUGAUGAAAGCAAAGGAAGCACUCGCUGCCCUGACCAAGAUCCAGGAAGAAAACUGACGGUUCCUUUCCGAGGUCACAUCUCGGGAGGGUUGCAUCCAGGGAAGAAGAUUGUUGUCGUGGGCAUCGUGGACCCUCAUCCUGAUCGGUUUUACAUCGCUCUGACAUGUGGCCGUGGGACGUCCAGAGAGCCUCCACCCAAUGUGGCGCUGGAGCUGUGUGUUCGCUUCAAGGACCAACAAGUCCUCCGGAAAGCGUGCAUCUCUGGAGUCUGGGGGGACCUGGAGAAAGCUGUUCCUUUCUUUCCAUUCAUCAAAGACCAACCGUUUAAGAUUGAGCUUCAUUGUGAACACAGUCGGUUUCGCGGAAUUGUUGACGGCCAUCAGCUCUUUGAUUUUGACCACAGACUGAAGCCGCUCGGCAACAUCGACACCUUAUGGAUUAAGGGCAGCAUAACUCUCACCAAGCUGGCUUGAAGAAGAAGCUGCUCACAAAUUCACCUGUAAAAACCAACUGUUGACAAUCACAGAUGCAAUCAAAUGGACGCUUGUUUUCUGUUUCCCAGCCAAAGGUUGGCUCCAUUCAGUGAAGGUUUUUGAUUUUGCUGCUUUGCUUUAUUGAGAAGUAAAACCUGUUCUUAAAGUUGUUGUGUUUUUGUAAUUUAAGCUAAAAAAUAUGUAUGUAUGAUAGGAUAAUUCUUAAAAAUUAAAUAUGGAAACAAAUAUUGAAUACAGUUUUUCUUUUUGGGUUUUAUCGAUGCCAUUUUGUACAUUUAAUUAGGUUCAAAAAUGAUGUUUUGUGAAUAUUAUGUUACCGAGAGGUUUUCUGCUUUUAGGAUUUCAAAUAAAGACAUUUUAAUGACAUGAAACUUGAUUAAAUGUAUAGAAAAAUUGACAGAAACUACCUCACAUCCUGUUGUAAUGGUGCCUGUCAUUAAUCAGUUAUGAUGUGUAAUUUAAUUGACAUCGACAAAUAAAAAGCACUUUUUUCGUAUGGUUUUGUUCUUGAGAAUAAAUUGCUUUUUUUCCCACUUAGUCAUAACAUUCUAUAACAUUAUUUUUAACCCUUUAACACCGGAGCUUCUUUGACUUGCCGUAACUUUUGAACCGUAAACAUGAUCAAUGUCAGAAUCUGCUGGAAUUGAAUUUAUCGUGUUCACAGUUCAAAAGUUACGGUAUAUUAAGAAGUGUUUGUUAUUUUAGCAUUGCCGGCAACAUCUCAAGUGUUAAAAGGUUAAAGCAAUCUGAACAAAUUUUAACUGCUUUUAUCUAAUCAAAUGUGUUCAACAUUUUUUUUUUUAUUUUGUUAAUUCAUUAAUCUAACUUUUAAUGCUUACAUAUUUUGCAAAGACUAAAAAAAAAGGUCAAUAACAAAAAAAUCUAUAUGUCAUUUUUAAAAUGUAUUAAUAUCUUAAUUAAAAAUGGAAACAAUUAAUUCAUGUUUUGCCAUUUUGUCAUGAUAUUUUCUUCAUUUUGUGGUUUACAGUUUAAAUAAAACUGUUAAAAUAGAUGUAUCAAACUCUCUCAAGGCAAUUUGCAUUUAAGUUUUGAAAAAUACAUUUCUCAGAUUUUAAAGCUGAUUUUUACCCCUUCACUAAACAGAACAAAAGAAAAAAAAAAA